GAAACCGUUCUCUGAACAUGCGAUUUAUGAAAAAUUACAAAAAGUAACUUGUUCCCCCUCCCACCAUUCUCCAUUAGUCAUUAAACGUCACAUGUACCAUAGUGAAAACAAUUAAGCGUAUUUAAUGUCGUUGCUUGCCAAUUGCCAAGAUAUUAAUCAAAUGAUCUACUCAUUCAAAUCAAUGUAUAUUUUUGGACAAAUGUCUGAAAUGCUGAAACGCAACGCUCAUAGAGUUCAUUGUGUAGAGAGGGCUGAUGUCACGGUGUACUAUACCAAUCCCCUCAUUCAUUGGACCGCCAUCAGCCAUUCUCGUUCCAAGUGGUAACAUGGCAGACGUGGAUAUCAUCGUGAACAAGUUUGUGGCACUUUGGAGGAUACCAUUUGUCCGUCUUAAAUUGCCGUGGAUUUUCUUGGGUCUUUCAAUGGUGGGAUCCCUUGUCAAGUCGACACAGCUCGUCCCGGAGACAUAUUUUAGCAACAGCAGAAAUGUUCUCAAUAUGUAUUUUGUCAAAGUGUCCUGGGGCUGGACUUUACUGCUGUUGACCCCAUUCAUCUUCCUCAUACACUACAACGACAGCUUGACCUUUGCCCUCCGGCGAAUGAGCUCAUUGGUGGUGGCCACAGCCAUUUGGUACACCUUCACCGAGACCUUCUUCUACAUUGAAGAUGCCACAGGUACAUGCCACAGGGAUCAAGUCCCUCAUAAAGAAUUCACCACAAAGUGGAGAUGCAGGAGUGCUGGGGGUCAAUGGGACGGCUAUGACAUCUCAGGACACUCGUUCAUUCUCUCGUACUCUGCACUCAUCAUUGCUGAAGAAAUGGCACCUAUGGCUACCAUGGAGAGGAAUCGGAACAUUGUCCUUGAUCUGUUAUAUGUGUCCCUUAAUGGAAUAGUAUUCAUCUGGAUAUGGAUGUUUAUGUGUACCUCUGUGUAUUUUCAUAAUUUCUGGCAGAACGGUCUCGGGACUGUUUUUGGAAUUCUGGCAUGGUUUGUCACAUAUCGGGUAUGGUAUCCAAAGCCCUUAUCGCCUGGUCUUCCACUUAAACCCACAAAGCAGAGUUGACUUGCUUAAAAUCAUCACUACUUAGUACUAGGCUAAACAUCCUACUCUCGCACUGCUGUGUGGCUCUGCAACGUUUGGCACCGUCAAAACAUUACAUUUAAAAACAUUGACAUUCUUCUGAGGGUCAGUGUUGACCGUUGUUGCUAUUUAAAGUUGUCUUUCCUUCAGAAAGGUCAAUUUGGACAGGGGUCCGGGGUUGGUUUGCAUGCAGUCCCGACUCCCUAUGUGGCCGUAGGCAGCUGGUGUUCUUAAAAUGACUCUGAAGUAAUCCGAGAUCAUUGCAGUGCAUGGCGUUGACGUCUAGGUCCAGGCCUAGGCUUAUCAGCUAGCUAGUCUUCUCCAGGGUUGAGGUCCAUACCAUUACUUCCUGAAUUGAAUAAGGAAUUCACCCAAACCUGAAAAAAAUUAUUAUAAUAAUUCACCCCACUCUGGUGGUCACGGUGUAAUUUUUUGUUUUACGUUUUUGGCUUAAAAUGUUUUAUUUGUGUGCAAAUAUUUAUUGUAGAGAAAUGUAUAGAGUAGCCUAAUUAAUUUGUUUAUCAAUGGCAAAUGUAGUGUUCACUACAUUUACAACGAGAUACUGUAAGGCUUAUCUGUAAGGUAUUUUCAAGGUAUUGUGGUUUGCGUACAGUUUUUAUUGUAACACACAACCCUCAAAUAAAAAUUAGAUCAGUUCUGGAGCUAGUUGUACAGAUUGCCAGAUGUCUCAAAUGUCCAGCAGCAAUCAGCAUUGCUUUAUUCAUAAGGCCGAAAUACAGUCAGCCAAAAUUGUAGCCUAACUAUUUAAUUUUGUUUUACAKAUCAUUAAGGACAACACACAAUUCUUUCCAGAACCAAAGGAUUCUAAUCAUAUCAAUGCUACUACUAGCUGUAGGUGCAUCUGUUUAUUCUCAGCACUACCUAGGGACAUGGAAUAUUGAGUAUGAUGUACAGUUAUUGUGAAAUUAAUUGUAUUUUAAGUAGAUUGCAUGACUGUGCACUCAAAUAAACUUCUUUAACAAUGAG